UUAAAAAGUGAGCAGGAAGCCAUCGAUGGUUGCCAUGACAACACCAAGCUCCACAGCUCUGGCUGCUUCGUUCUGCGCGUCUAAAGAGGAUCUCAAGUCGCUAUCUAUCCUCUGGAGAAGAGCUACGGGCAGGAAAGGCGUCAUGUCUGAUGUUGGUAAAGACAAAUCCCAAAAACGAGAGAAGAGGGCAGGAAAGGUGUCCACAGAGGGAAGUGUUGGAGUCAGAGGCAAGGACACGAGGACAAAAGACUCUAUCAGCACUGUGUCAGGCAUAACUGAAGCAGGACACCAUGAUGACAACGCUCGGAUGACUGUUACGAUGGAAAACACCUACCAGAUGGGACCUUACAAACGCUUCCCUGUCCCUGCCGUCACAGACAUACUGAAGGAUGUCCUCACCAGUUACCUCCAAGAGGAGAAAUAUGAAGUAGAGUGGUCUCAAAAAAUGACAAAAACAAUAUCCGAGGUGAUAAAAGCCAGGGUCAAGGACCUGAUGAUUCCCAGAUUCAAGAUCGUGGUCCUGGUCCACAUUGGCCAGCUUACUGGGCAGAGUAUACAGAUCAGCAGCCGCUGUCUCUGGGAUGCAUCUAAUGACACAUUUGCCUCUUACUCCUUCAAGAAUAGCUCCCUGUUUGGUGUGGCAACUGUGUAUGCUGUUUACUAUGAGUGAAUCGAUGCGCCAUGAACGGACUCUCAAAGGACACAAGACUCAUUUUAGUCACAAAAGAACAGCUGCUGUUCAAGAGUUGUUUUUCAUCUGUGUAUUUUGCCUUGUAAAAAAAAGUGAUAAACAGGAAUCAAUAAGAACGUU